AUGAGGGUAGCCUUAGAAUCUAACAAAACUGUCAGGAACAUCAAGAGGGUAGCCUUAGAAUUUAACAAAACUGUCAAGAAUAUCAGAAGGGUAACCUUAGAAUCUAACAAAACUGUCAGGAAUAUCAAAAGGGUAACUUUAGAAUCUAACAUAACUAACAAGAACAUCAGGAGGGUAACCUUAGAAUCUAACAAAACUGCCAGGAACAUCAGGAGGGUAGCAUUAGAAUCUAACAAAACUGUCAGGAACAUCAGGAGGGUAACCUUAGAAUCUAACAUAACUGACAGGAACAUCAGUAGGGUAGCCUUAGAAUCUAACAAAACUGUCAGGAACAUCAGGAGGGUAGCCUUAAAAUCUAACAUAACUGACAGGAACAUCAGGAGGGUAGCCUUAGAAUCUAGAAAAACUGUCAUGAACAUCAGAAGGGUAGCCUUAGAAUCUAACAAAACUGUCAGGAACAUCAGGAGGGUAGCAUUAGAAUCUAACAAAACUGUCAGGAACAUCAGGAGGGUAACCUUAGAAUCUAACAUAACUGACAGGAACAUCAGUAGGGUAGCCUUAGAAUCUAACAAAACUGUCAGGAACAUCAGGAGGGUAGCCUUAAAAUCUAACAUAACUGACAGGAACAUCAGGAGGGUAGCCUUAGAAUCUAGAAAAACUGUCAUGAACAUCAGAAGGGUAGCCUUAGAAUCUAACAAAACUGUCAGGAACAUCAGGAGGAUGACCUCAGAAUCUAACAUAACUGACAGGAACAUCAGAAGGGUAGCCUUAGAAUCUAACAAAACUGUCAGGAACAUCAAAAGGGUAGCCUUAGAAUCUAACAAAACUGUCAAGAACAUCAGAAGGGUAACCUUAGAAUCUAACAAAACUGUCAGGAACAUCAAAAGGGUAACCUUAGAAUCUAACAGAACUGUCAGGAACACCAGGAGGGUAGCCUUAGAAUUUAACAAAACUGACAGGAAAAUCAGGAGGGUAGCCUUAGAAUCUAACAUAACUGACAGGAACAUCAGGAGGGUAACCUUAGAAUCUAACAUAACUGUCAGGAACACCAGGAAGGUAGCCUUAGAACCUAACAUAACUGUCAGGAACACCAGGAGGGUAGCUUUAGAAUCUAACAUAACUGACAGGAACAUCAGGAGGGUAACAUUAGAAUCUAACAUAACUGACAGGAACAUCAUGAUGGUAGCCUUAGAAUCUAACAAAACUGUCAGGAACAUCAGGAGGGUAACCUUAGAAUCUAACAUAACUGACAGGAACAUCAGGUGGGUAACCUUAGAAUCUAACAAAACUGUCAGGAACAUCAGGAAGGUAACCUUAGAAUCUAACAAAACUGACAGGAACUUCAGGAGGGUAACCUUAGAAUCUAACAAAACUGUCAGGAACAUCAGGAGGGUAGCCUUAGAAUCUAACAUAACUGACAGGAACAUCAGGAGGGUAGCCUUAGAAUCUAACAAAACUGUCAGGAACAUCAGGAGGGUAGCCUUAGAAUCUAACAAAACUGUCAGGAACAUCAGGAGGGUAGCCUUAGAAUCUAACAAAACUGUCAGGAACAUCAGGAGGGUAGCCCUGGAAUCUAUGAAACUGACAUCUUUUUGUCAGCUGAAAAAAUAA